UCAUUUACGUCACAACGAGAUCUCAGUAUUAACGUAUUGCCUAAAUGCUGACGCACGCGUAAUUCAACAACGGCGCAAUUUUCAACUAACUUGGAAGUUUCUAGGAAACAUGUGGUCUUCAAACACUGCCGAAGACUUGAGAUUUCAGCAGGCGGUGCUUACGUCACUCCGGACGGGCGAAAUAAUGCCGUUACUGAAGGAAGAACUCAAGUAUUGUAUUCAGAGUAGACGUUUAUAUGAAGGCAAGACCGAACUUGUUUUAGAGACAGAAGAAAACCACAAGACUCAGGAACUAAGAACAGAAGAACUUGAGAAAAUUGACAGACGCAAAGAGCAGAAUAGAAGGGCAUCUGCAAAGUUUAGGAACAGGAAGAAGUCUGAACUGGAUGAUUUGACGAAGACAUGUGAAGUAUUGCAACGAAAGAAUGCCGAGCUGCAGGAUAUAGUGGCCAAGUUGGAAGCUGAACGCGACACCAUCUAUGCUGAAGUAGUGAGGAUCUUAAUGGGUCCACCAUGUGUGUUGGUACAGUAAGCAGAUGAGGAUUUGCUGUGUAAUGGUUGUGGAUUCAUUCAAUAGAGAUAAGUUCAGGUUUAAUGGGGCUUAAUGCAUAUGCGUAAAGUGUCCUCCAAAAUUAGCCCGUGCAAUCCGCUUGCAUUAUUUUUUUUAUUAAAAUGGUGUAUCUUCUAAACAAUUAUCGAUGGCAGGAAGAAACUGUAAACCCUGAUAAGCCCAUGUCGACUGCACAGGCUUAUCUAAGAUGACACUUCAUGUGCAUGCAUUAAGCCCAGUUUUCCCAGAAUGCGGCUCCAAGUGUGAGUGUUUGACAAAACUUAGCUCAGUAUGAUCAUAAAAUGACAUUUAUUUGUUUCAUUGUCAUUAUCCUGGGUAUACAACGAACACUUAGUUUUUAAAAGCGAUAGCUUAUACUUCAUUCACUAUUAGCUGAAGGAUGAACUCAGUGAAACUGCUACUAAAUCUGUGUUCAAUAGCUGCGGAAUAAUGUUUGAUUGUGCUUUUGAAAGUAAUGGACACCUUAUACACUGCCUUUCAACGAACUUCUUACCUCUUCAUCAGGCUACGAAUCCAACAGAUUAUCCAUUAUUUCUAGUACAAUCUACCUUGCAAACAUGCUCAUAAUGUUAGUUUAAGAUUGCCAUGUAAUUUAGAAACAUUAAUUGUUAAUAUACGAAGCAUACUACAUACCGACUAACUUCAUUUUGGAAGAAAAAAAUUAUCCGUGGGUACAAACACGGCUGACACAUACCACAUUCUUUCGAAAUCAAACACCAUACCAUUAGUUUCAUUGAAAUGCAAUUAUUAUUGCAAGUGUUGUUUGUACCUACAGAUGAGAUGUAUUUCACUGCCGUC